ACUACAGAGUUGACCCAUCACCUUUAAGAAACACAACAAUGGAAUAUUCAUUCGUCGAUCACGAAAUGUCAGUGUAGUGUUUCUGGUAUAGCUUUUAUCAGCUUUCCCUUAUUUAUUGUGUCAUAUAGGUGAAAGCAAAAAAUGAAGAUUAAGCGCAGCAAGUCUCUUUCUCCUGAACCAUCUAGUAGUAAGGAUACGAAACGUAUAAAACUUGAAGAAAAUACAAAUUUAAAUGGAAUAAUAUCAUCCUUGAACAUCCUUGAAUUUUCGGAUGAUGUUUUACUUAAUAUAUUGAAAUAUUUACAUCCACAAGAUCUAAUGGCAAUCAGUUUAUGUUGCCAAAGAUUUGCACAAUUAACACAGGACAGAACUCUGUGGAGAAGAGUAGAUUUUCGGACAAAGCCCAUACUUUUAGAUGAUUUGAAUCAGUACAUGAAAUUUUUGCAACCAAUUACAAUGAGUUUGGCAAUACGUGGCAAUCUAAUUUCUCGCGAAUAUUCGUCUCUUACACAAAGUUUUUUUAAUAAUGUAAAAACAUUAUGUGAUCAACUCAAAGAAUUGAUCAUUGAAGAGUAUUAUAUUAAUGGAGAUAAGAUUCAUAUAACAGAUUUUCCAUGUACCAUUGAAAAACUUUCAUUAAAAGGUUGUAAAAUGGAUUAUAUAGAGCAUAAUAAGUCAUAUUUUUUUAAAAUGGAUCAUCACAUGCCUAAUUUGACAUGUCUGAUUUUAAGCAAUUGUGAAUGGUUUACGCCACAUUCCUUAUUAGUUAUUAGCAAAAUACCAAAACUUAAGGAACUCAGAUUAAAUUCAUGUCAUCGUCUGGGCGAAUGUGUUGCGUAUGCUAGUCUAGCAACUAGAUUUGGAUUCAAGACAUUAGAGAUUUUAGAUUUACGAGAUACAGGACUUGGAGAUAGUGAAGUUGGUUGUUUUAGUAGUACUAAAACUUUAACACAUCUAUAUCUUGAAUGUCCUUCAAUAUGGAGAAAUGAAGAAUUACCAGAAGUUAUACAACAGCGACAGCAACGACAACGACAGGCUUUACGAUUACCUAUAUUUGAAGACGGUAAUUUAGCACAGUUUUUAGUCGAUGAUGCAUACUCUUUUGAAAAUUAUGGAUUUCAACGAUGUUUAAUAUCAGAUAGAGCAAUUUGUGCACUUGGAAGCGAUAUUUGCGAUAAAGAAGUGGUAAAUAGUUUCCUUGCUCCACAAGGAAUGAUAAUAUUACGAGAAGAUAGACGCACAUCUAACAAUCCUAAUCUUAAAACAUUAGUUGUUCGAAAUUAUCCACGUGUGACAAAUUCAAGUCUUGUUCACUUAGCUUUAAAUGCAUCAAGAUUGGAAUAUUUGGAUGUCACUGGCACUUCUGUAACAAGAGAUGGUGUUGAAUCCUUUAAAUCACAAAAAAACAAUGUUAAAGUCAUUUCAUCAUUUGAUGAAAUAUAGUUAAGAUUAUGUCUAGUAAAUUAGAAAUAAUAUUUAUUAUUUUUUGUGUAGAAAUUACAAAAAUACUUUUCGAUAAGUACAUUUUAUAUUUGAAUAUAUUAUACUUCAAAAUUAAGAUCUUAAGAUCUAAGUAGUGUUCUUAUUUUCUACAAAUUUAAUUUAGUACAGAUUAUUGAAAUAAUAUUUGAAAAAA